AAUUCAGUCUCACAAGAUUCAUUAGAAAUGGAACACAUACCACAGGAUUACCUAGGGGGUUAUUUGUCUACAAAAUCUGUCACAGAGUUAAAAGAAUUGUUGGAAAGGCAGGAAAAGCUGCUGAAGAAGGUAAAAUUUCUAAAGACGUUGCCAGAUGGAGGGUCGAAAGUGCAACCAUUUGUUGAGAAACUGCACAGAAUGAUCAGUGAAAGAACAGAGACUGAAUUACUGGAGUCAACAAGUAAACAAAUUAUCUCCCAUUCAACAAAAGAAAAUGUUAAACCCAAAGUGAUUACUGAAGUUACAGAUCAAAUGAUAAAUAAACCAGUUUCAAAAUUCAAAAGACAAAAUCUUCAACAGUCCAGAGAUGAACCAAAAGAAAACAAAGACAUAAAAAAAGAUUUUAGUGCAUUGGUUCAAAAUGAAUCAGAAUCGGUGUUGUGUAAUGCUGAAGAGGAUUUAUAUAUGGAACUUGAAAGAAAUACAUCAAACUUUCUUGUGGAAAGAGACCAAGUUACGAUAGAUGAUAUAGGAGAAACUUUAGAAAAAAUGGAAAUAAGUUCAGCAGACACUGAUAGACAUGAGACACCUCCUGCUGAAGAACAUAUACUGAGUGUGAUAGAAAGAACACAUAGAAAUAGAAAACGUGAUACACUUAAAUUAAAUAGAUAUUUAAAGAUUUCAAAAAUCGAAGAUUUACCACCUGACCUGAGGAAUCCUAAUAGUAAGAACAUGUUAACUGAGACUAAAACAAAACAGACGAAAAAGAAAGUAGAUUCUAUAUGGGAAGAAUCUGCAGUAUGUCCACCUAAAUAUAAAUAUUCUGCAGCUCAGGAGAUGUCAUUACAAGAAUCCAUGAAACUACAAGAAGAACAAGUGAGGCACAGAGAGGAAUCACAGGCAAUAUAUGCAGCAGAAAAACUAGCUGAAAAGCUAAACAUUAAAUUGGAGACCUUUAAUCCAGAAGGAAGAAACAUAGUAUAUAGAGAACCUGAAGUGAUAGACAGUGAUGAUGAUCUAGAAGGAGUUGACUGAAAAGUACUCAUGACUUCUAAUUGUAUAAAUAAUAAAACCAUGUUCAUCAGAAAGGACUCCUGUAGACCAAUUUAUGGACAAAUCAUUCAUGUUCUCAGGAAAAUUUGGUUUAUGAAAAGACAAAAAGUGCUUAAUGAAGACCAGAGCUUAUGUCAUAGACAGCUUAACAGAUUCUUGUGAUUAAACAUUCUCACUGUUUUGCAGUGUAAAUGUAGACAAAUUACUGCAUCAUCAUGUAUAUUGUCAGUUAACAAUCAGAAAUAUUUCAUUGUAGUAAUGAUGUUAUUCUGUUUGUCGCAACAUUAACACAGAUUCAAUAUGGAAAUUAAAUUAAAUAAAAAUCAUUUUCUUUA